UCACCUGCUUUCUGGCCUUCCCCGGUGUCGCUCGGUUGCUUUCUCCGUCGAUGAGCAGUGACUUGCUACCAUCGUUGCCGUGUCGUGGGGAUACCUGGCCUAGAGGAAAGAUCGAUUUGAAGUGGAAGGAAGGAGAAAGACGCUCUGAAGGGAGAAGGAUAUGCCAUAUCGUUUCUCUGGUCUUAUCCUGCUGUAGAAUCAAAAAAAAAAAAAAAGAAGCUAAUUUAUUUGUGCGAUACGGCUCCUGUAAAGCUAUGAAUAAUGUAUACAAGCUACAUGCUCGGCUAAUCAAAGUAGGUCAACAUGAAAACUCCUCCUCUUUGCGUAAUCUUCUUCAGUGUUGUUUAGCUUCAGCAAAUUCUCUCAGUGACGCAGCAUAUUAUGCUCAUUCUCUCUUGCUUCAGUAUCCUGUAUUUGACACGGUUUCCUACAACUCUGUUCUCAGAUUACUCCCACAAUGGUCUUUCUCCCGAACCUCCUCGCUAUUCACUCAAAUGCAUCGAGCUGGUGUUCGACCUGACCACUUCACUUUCCCAUUUGUCCUCAAGGCAUGUUCUCCAUUGAAAAGGGGUUUGGAGCUUUCCUCUCUUGUUGUGAAGCUUGGUUUCGAUUCUGACAUUUAUGUCCGGAAUGCGUUGAUUAAUUUUUAUGGAUGCUGUGGCUUCGUUGAUAUGGCAUUCAAACUGUUCGAUGAAAUGCGCCACAAGGACUUGGUUUCUUGGUCCUCUAUGAUUUCUUGCCUGGUAAAUAAUGAUUUUGUGUUUGAAUCUUUGGUAUUUUUUCAGCGAAUGCAACUCGAGGAGGAUGUCAAACCUGAUGGGGUUAUUAUGCUAAGUGUUAUAUCUGCUAUUUCUAUUUUGGGUGCGUUGGAAUUAGGGAUUUGGAUUCAUGUAUUCAUUGCCAGGAGUGGAUUGCCUCUAACAGUUUCAUUGGGUACUUCUCUUGUUGACAUGUAUUCAAGAUGUGGGUGCAUUGAUCGUUCGGUCAAAAUGUUUAAUGAAAUGCCUAUUAAGAAUGUUAUAGCGUGGACUACAUUUAUAACUGGAUUGGCAGUGCAUGGCCAUGGUAAAGAGGCUUUAAACGCAUUUUAUGACAUGAAAAAGUAUCAUUUGAAGCCUGAUAGUGUUGCUUUUAUUGGUGCUUUACUAGCUUGUAGUCAUAGUGGUCUCGUGGAGGACGGCUGGAAGAUUUUUGAAAGCAUGAGGAAUGAGUACCACAUUGAGCCUAUGCUUGAGCACUAUGGUUGCAUGGCUGACCUUUUAGGCCGUGCAGGCUUCCUCCUUGAAGCUUUUAAGUUAGUGGAGGAAAUGCCAUUCAAGCCAAAUUCUGUUAUUUGGAGAACCCUUCUUGGAUCAUGUGUUAAACACAAUCAUUUGAGGUUAGCUGAGAAGGCUAGAAAUCAAAUUCUUGAGCUAGACCCACAUCAUGAUGGUGAUUAUGUGCUUUUAUCAAAUGCAUAUGGUGGAGUUGGUAAAUGGACUGAGAAAGCUGGUUUGAGGAACUUGAUGAAGGAGAAUAAAAUUAUCAAGGAGCCUGGCCAUAGUUUGAUCAACAUUGAUCAAGCAAUUCAUGAGUUUGUAUCUGGAGAUUGUUCUCAUCCACAAUGGGAGGAGAUUAGAAAAUUACUAGUUUCAGUAAUAGAUACAGCAAAAGUUGGAGGUUAUAGUCCUAAUACAUCCUCUGUGCUGCAUGACAUUCAAGAGGAAGAAAAGGAAGAUAGUUUGAGUUUUCAUAGUGAGAAGCUAGCAGUGGCUUAUAUGCUUCUUAAUCAUCAGGAUAGAAAAACCAUAAGAAUCAUCAAGAAUCUUAGAAUAUGUUGUGAUUGCCAUGAUUUCAUGAAGCAUGUUUCAAAUAUCUUUGACAAAAAUAUUAUUAUUCGGGAUCGAACCCGUUUCCAUCAUUUUAGCAAGGGAUCAUGUUCUUGCUUAGAUUAUUGGUAAAGGAUGUCUUGGGCCAGGUUUUUGUGAUUUUGCUGCUCACUUGCUGUGUGUAUGGCAUCUCUUUUGAUAGUUGUACCAAGAACUGGUCAUUGAUUACUUUGUAUAGUCAAAAGAAAUUAUGCAAUUAGGGUAGCCUGGAAGGAAUUCUUUAUAUUUAUCAUGUGAAACUUAAACAUAUCUUUCAUUUGCCUUGUUUGUUUUUGCCUUUUUGGUGAAUAGAAAGCUUGGAUCAGGCUAUCUGGAUCAUCAAGUUGACAUAAUGUGAUUUUGAAGGUCUUUGCAGAUGAUGAAGCCAUUCUUAAACAAUCUUCUUUUUGAAUCAAUUAGAUGGCUUUGAGAGGGGUUUGGCAAUUGCAGAAGCUGAUUGUGAGCUAUUGUGAUUGGGGUGGAACUAGCUGAGGAAUAAGUGAAGUUGCGGCAAGGGCAAGCAAAAGAUGGUACAAACAAUGGUCCUUUGAAUGCCAGCUUUGAUAAUAAGAUGGUUUUUGAGAGGGUUGAGAUGAGAGCUUGGUGACUGAAUUCAAAAUCUCCUCUUCUUGUUGAGGUUUAUGCAGUAGAUGGCAAGAAAUUUUGGAAAGCAAUUAUUUUGUUUCUUCCAUAUGCAAUGGGAUAAUUUGUGAGGAUUUAGGAGUCAAUGAAAUAUGAGAAUUGGAAUGCAUGAGGAAGAACGAUACAAGAAAGGACAAUGUAAUGAAGAACCGAGGAUUUUGAUAUUAUUAGAUGUGUGGCAUAAAAGUGAUGAUGUAAAUUGUUAGCUGGGAAUGGUAGCUCUUUUGUAUGUAUAAAUUACAAGCAUAAUGAUGUAAAUUGUUUCAAAAAAUUCCAUGAUACUUAUUAAUUUCGUGAUGAUAAUUGUUAAUUCUAUAUUCCCCUGUA